CACAUGACUAGGGAAGCCUCCAGAAGCUCUAAUGUAGCCUACGAAUGAUUUCAUCAACGAAUAGUGUAUUGGACGCGAGAAAUGAAUUCGAUAUCGCUAGUUAAUGGACGCUCUCCAGUGAUGUAAACCCCCGGUCCGCUUGGAAAGGAACAAGUGAAAAGGAGAAAACUGCGGUAGUGGGGUCUGAGUCAAUUCAUUUAGCAACUGUUUUCGAAUUGAAUCGUUUAUGGGCUCAUGAUGUUAGCCUGUUCAACACACCCGACUCAGUUGACCAUUUCAAACGAAGAAUCCCACAAAACCAGACGUGUUAUGCGGUGUUUCCGUUCAACUUUUCAAUGCGCAUUUCGACCAUUCGAAUAAGAAAUCUUAACUGGAAACGCUAGAAAUUCGCAUAACAUCUUCUAUUGCAAAUGCAAAUUUGAUUCGCUGGAGGGGGUUGAUUAACUCGCUAUUCGUAGAGGGUAUAACGCGACUCAAGUUGGAAACAGGUUUAUUCGCAUUUGUUGCAAUUUCAGGUGUUACUGUUAAAGAUGCGCUGACAAUCUUAAGUUUUGAUUCCCUCCCUUGAUUAGGAGUGUCCAUUUGUAAUUAGCAUAUCACAGCUGAUGGAAACUCGCACUGAUUCAUAUUUUGUUUAGCCGAAUUUACAGAAAUACGCAUGAAAGAUGCGAAUGGGUAUGAUGGAAACAGCUCAUGGCGUGUUUCAAGAUCGCAGUCAGCAGGAUCUACCAAGGAAUGAGAGAUAGCAUACCCUAAGCGUUCUCACUUGAAUGAGACUGGUUAGCUAGCGACCAAACAACCACUAAAGAACUGUGAUUUAGCUCAUUUAAAAAGUUCGAUGCGGCCAAAAUAGACUUCAGACUUUAAUGGAUUUUUAAAAUGCGAAAAAAUGUGGAUACUGGGUGUUGGUGUUGUGUUGGGAGAACAGGCUCACAGAAAUCAAAUUAACCAAUGACAUGACGAUGACUAACUGCAAUGUGGUGUUGUCGAUUUACCGGAAGCGGACAAGAGCGCUGAAGUUUCGCUUGAAGACAGGUGCUCGACGUAAGUAGGUUGGGCUGAUUAGUCAGAGGCGCCUUUUACGCUGUCGUAGAAAAGCUCAAGACUGAAGAGACUGGCAAAACUGAAAACGAAGGCGAUUGAGAGAGGUAUCUGUGAAAGCGUUACUGAGAUCUACUGUGUCCUGUCGCCUACGGAGCAAGCGUGUGAAGGUGUAAAGUUUACCUGCAAACAAGAAAAGGUCGCUGUAGAUCAGAGGAAGACAAAAGAAGCCAGUGUCACCAGAUCUACUUGCAGAGUCUGUGUGUGAGAAGAUACACACCGGUGGGAUAGUUUCUGUGUUUGUAUAUAUACAUAAAUACAUGGCAGCGGCUGAUCCUUUGGUGGAACAGGAGGGGGAGAGCAGCAGCAACAGCAGCCAGAGCAGCCAGUGUGGGGACCAUGUCGAAGUUACCAUAGAGACAAUUUCCUGUCCUGCCCCGGAGACGGACUCGCCCCCCAGACACCCGUCGCCUGAGGACACCCUUAAUGGUGGCCGUAAAAGCACACGCCUGGCCCGAGCCCUUCGGGCCGGCCUGCUGCGUAAGAACCAGGACUAUGUGCGCAUCAAGAUCCAGCGCAGGGGGAACCGGCCGUCAGCCAAUCCCCUGCCGCAGGAGUGGUGGAAGACCGGCGUGGCGUUCGUGUACGCGUCUGCCUGCCUGGUGCUCACCACCGGCGUGAUCACCAUGGUGCACGAGCGCGUGCCCAGCCAGACACCCCCGCUGCCAGACAGGUUCUUCGAUCUGUUCCCCCACGUGCCUGCAGCCUUCACCGUCACAGAGAUCAACGGCAUGCUGCUGGUCGGGCUCUUCUUCCUGCAGUUGCUCUUUCUCAAACACAGGGCUAUUAUAUUCCGGCGUUUCUUCUUCCUGCAGGGUACACUGUAUCUGUACCGCUGCCUCACCAUGUACCUCACCAUCCUCCCCGUGCCAGGCACCCACAUGAGCUGUGCCCCCAAGUUGAAUAGCGAUGCCCAGGCAAAGGUCUACCGCAUGCUGAAGAUGAUGUCUGGAGGAGGCCUGUCCAUCACCGGCUCCCACAUCAUGUGUGGAGACUACCUGUACAGCGGCCAUACAGUCAUGCUCACCCUGACCUUCCUCUUCAUCAAAGAAUAUUCCCCACGCUCCAUGUGGUGGUAUCACCUGAUCUGCGGGUUGCUAGGCAUUGUUGGAGGGGUUUGCAUCCUGUUGGCACAUGACCACUAUAGCAUAGACGUGGUGGUGGCUUACUUCAUCACCAGCAGAAUCUUCUACUGGUACCACACCAUGGCCAACAACCAGGCCAUGCGAGGGUCGCCUCAUAACUACCUGAGCUGGACGUGGUGGAACCCCAUCUUCAACUUCCUGGAGCGAAACGUGUGCACCACUGUUCCCUGCACGUUUGCCUGGCCCAUCCCCAUCCCCACUUCCUGGUUAAAGAACCCAUGCCGGAGGUACUCCAUUGUACAGAGUACACGGGAACAGUGACGACUGCUUAAACACACACACACACACACACACACACACACACACACAAAAAAAAAAAAAAUGUGUUCAUCCACACACACUUUUUGCUCCUUGUUGGCCAUUAUUCUUUACGGACUUGAGCUUUUUGGUUUGGAAGCCAAAGGAAAAUGUUGGGCUGAAGAUGCAGGUGCGGAAAGACUGAGACAAGAACUAUUGGAAGAAGUCUGAAAACGUUUUUUAAUCUCUCAAAAGAAUGACUGAGCUUGUAAAACCUGCCACAAACACACCGUUAUUGUUUUAGAUGUCAUGGCUCAUGCUAGAACAUGCCUUUUUUUCUGCCUGCUUACACACACACACACUUUUAUAUCAAUACACACACAUGCUUUUAUGCCAACACACACACAGGCUGCUAUGACUUCAGUUUGGCACUGCAAGGCAUCGCCACCUCAUCUGAAACUGAUGCCAUGGCAAUGUAAGGAGUUACUGUUACCAUGGCAAUGUAAGGAGUUUGUGCCACACCCAGUCCACUGCUGGGCAAAGCAGUGAUGACCUCAUGGUGUGGGGCGGGGCCUUUCACGCUGCUACACGUCAACCGAAGAUGACGUCUGAAUGGUGGCCAAGUGUUCCACGUCCGUGUGUGCUACGUACGUGCUUUGAAUUGGAUGGAUCCGUUUUACUGAAUGAAGGAUGCGUGUGUGGUUGAUGUCUAUGGCUGUUUUAUUUUACUUUUUUGUGUAUAAUGUUACAGUUAAGUUUAAAAUAUGUUAUUAUUGUUUCACUUUUGCCUUAAUUAAAAGUACUAUUUUUUUAUACAGUCAUGUA